GGUGUUGUUCUGGGCUGACACAGACGCGGUGUUAUCGGCGGAGCGGCUCGGUGGACGGACUCACGGACGGCUUUUCUGCUUCUUCCUGCCGUUUUCUCCGCUCGUCGUUGCGGUAACUGGACAGCGGGUCGGAUUUACCCUCAGCAUUUGGAUCCCGGUUCCGUUUUCUCCACGCAGAAGCUCGGACUGGUGGGUUCGAUUCCCGUGAAGCACCUCUUCGGACCGCCUCAGUCCCCUCCCCUUUCCCUUGUGGAAAGAUGGGGAAUGGACUGUCUGAUCAACCCAAGUACCUGUCCAGCAUCUUCCAGUCUUUCCACAUCGCCAUUCUGGGACUCGACUCUGCUGGAAAGACCACCAUUCUGUACCGACUCCAGUUCAACGAGUUUGUGAACACCGUCCCCACCAAAGGGUUCAACUCGGAGAAGGUCAAGCUGUCUCUGCCCGGCAGCAGGACCGUCACCUUCCACUUCUGGGACGUGGGCGGCCAGGAGAAGCUCCGCCCGCUCUGGAAGUCGUACACGCGGUGCACGGACGGCAUCAUCUUUGUGGUGGACUCUGUGGACACGGAGCGCAUGGAGGAGGCAAAGACGGAGCUUCAUAAAAUCGCCAAGAGCUCAGAGAACCAGGGUGUGCCGCUGCUGGUGGUCGCCAACAAGCAGGACUUAAGGAACUCUCUGAGUCUGGAGGAAAUCGAGAAGCUGCUGGCGCUGAAAGAGCUGGGGCCCGCCACGCCCUGGCACCUGCAGGCGUCCUGCGCCAUCAUCGGUGAAGGACUUGGCGAAGGACUGGACCGACUGCACGAGAUGGUCCAGAAGAGGAGGAGGAUGUUGCGGCAGCAGAAGAAGAAGAGAUAACCUGCGGAGGAGGCGUGUCCUGCUGUUGAAGGAUGGAGAACCUUUCCUCAUGAGGGAUUUAGCGCUGAGUUUUAUCAGCCGGAAUCGGAGCGUUGCGUUUGCGGGUCGAGGGGCUGUGUUGAUCAGGAAGUGGACGUGGAGGAGUCCAGGAUGAAGGUUGGAGGUGUGGUCACGUUGGAACGGGUCGGAAGGUCGAGGCGGACAGAAGAAGAUGUUGACGUUUUUUUUACCCGCUGCUCCAAAUACUACCAAAAAAGACAGAACUGCUUUGAGUUGUUGAAGGAUUGAACGGAAAAGCCGAGGACUUUCUAUCACUGUUUUGUAUGUUGAAGCUGAAACACUGGACUCUUUAGUGACGAUAGUAUUAUUGUAGUUCCAUCGGUCUUUUCUGUUUCCUGGAAGCACUUUAGUCAUCACGAUAUGUAAGGAGUUUACAGAUCAAAAUAGUCUGGUUUUUACUGACACCUUGAUGCUCUGCAGCCGGUUUCCCGCCGGCGUUCCUGCGUUAAAUAAAGUUGAGUGAUUAUC